CUGGGUUGUCAACUCGUGCGCAUUUCAUGGUUCCGUCAAAGACAAUACAAAUCGGACCGAAAGAAAAUCAGAAAACGCCUGCUUGGGCUACCAGCCUCUGGAGGGAAGGAAACCGUUGGUUUGGAAAUGCUCAAAAGAAUCCCGCAGAACAAGGGAAGUUGGCUGAAGCUGACGAAGAACCCGAACCGAUUCAUUCUCAGUUGGAAAGGAUAG